AUGGAUAAUUUUGAAAGUACUGCUGAAGGAAAUUUAAGUAUAGGAAACAAACGAGUAUACGAACUACGAAAAAGAAACUUCCAAAGAAAUUUGGUGAAUAAUUUGAGCUUUCUCGGGUAUGUUUUAAUAUCAUUGGAAUAUAUCAAGUAUGAUCGUACCGUCUGGACACUUAUAACAAGAGCAAUAGUGCAAUCUCUCAUAAGUUCUCCUUUUCCAAGUGAUGCCAAGUUACGUAGGCUAGCGACCCUCGGUGCAGAUAAUAACACGACGGGGGUUGCAACACUUCCAGGCGGAAGAUCUAUCAGGUUUCCCGGAAUGUUUGGAACAGAAAUGCUUUAUAAUUCUUCUAGUGAAGCUGAGCAACAAGACCAUGAUGAUACCGCUAUUGUGUCCAUGAAAAAGCAAAUCCGGAAGUUUUUAUUUCAUGGUUGCUUAUCGUUGAAUAUGCUUUUCAUUAUCUUAACAAUCCUAUUCCCAAUUGAUUUUUUUGAACCCCUGAGUGGUAGCGAGCCAGUAGACGAUGGCCCUAAGAAUACUCCCUCACCCUUUUCCAAUUCAGAUGGUCUACUUUUGGGUGAGAGAAGAGGUGGGCUUUUUCUACAGAUGAUCGGAGAACGGCUACCAAAGAGCAACUUUUCCGGCAAUCUUGGAUUAGUAAUGUUCGAAUUUAGCAUACUUAUUGUACAGUUUACUUUAUUUUCACUAACAUGUGUUGUAUUGGCAGAUUUAGAUUUUGAAGAGCCAGAAAGACUAGAACCUGUAAAUAGUGAUGGCUACGAUGGCUCUGUAAUAGUUGCACGAAUACCAUUAAAUAAAACCAUGAAUGCCAUUUUAAAUGACGGCAAUAUUAAUGACAACAAUGAGAAUGCUAGCAAUUCUGUCUAA